UGGAGGGCGAUGGUGGCGGAGCUGCUGGGGGCGGAGGCAACGUAGCCCCCGAGGAAAAGGAGCUCUGCGUCGCUUGAGAGGAGCGGAGGAUGGAGAGCCGGCCUGGGUCCUUCCAGUACGUCCCCGUGCAGCUGCAAGGUGGGGCGCCCUGGGGCUUCACCCUGAAGGGGGGUCUGGAACACUGCGAACCGCUCACAGUGUCUAAGGCUAAAGAACCCCAGCAACUUCAGCUAUUCCUUAUGGCAUCUGAGAUCCAGCCUUCUCUCCUGCUUCCUCCUCCUACUUUGGAUGUCGCCUGUCCAUGUUUCUCUUGAAUUAUGGACCCUGCAGCCAAAUACAAUAGCUGAGGAGAA